GUCUAUGAGGACCACGACUCCACCCUGAACCAGACCAACAUCAGGGCCAACAACAACAAGUUCUACAUCAUCCAGCUCCUCGAGCACAAUGGCACCUACAGUGUCUGGAGCCGCUGGGGCCGUGUGGGGGAGGUGGGCCAGUCCAAGCUCAUGCCCUCUGCCUCCCUGGAAGCUGCCAAGAAGGAGUUUGAGAAGAAGUUUCGAGAGAAGACAAAGAACAGCUGGGCGACGAGGGAGAACUUUGUUGCCCAACCGGGGAAGUAUACACUCAUCGAGGUGGAGCCAGGGGCCGGGCAGGAGAGGGAGGUUGCCCUCAGGGUGGAUGGGGACAAAGUCUACAGGCAGCGGGUGCUGCCCUGCACCUUGGAUAAAGCCACGCAGGACCUGGUGUCCUUCAUCUUCAGCAACGACAUGUUCCGGGAUGCCAUGCAGACCAUGAAUAUUGAUGUGAAGAAGAUGCCGCUGGGGAAGCUGAGCAAGCAGCAGAUCGUGAGGGGCUUCGAGGCACUGGAGGAGCUGGAGGCAGCACUGCAGGAGCAGCCCCUCUCAGCUGCCCGCCUGGAGGACCUCUGCUCUCGCUUCUACACCAUCGUCCCCCAUAACUUUCGACGGGCACAGCCACAUCUCAUCAACACCCCUCACCUGCUACGUGCCAAGAAGGACAUGCUGUUGGUGCUGGCUGAUAUCGAGGUGGCACAGAGCCUGCAGGCGCAGAAGGUGAAGGAGGCAAAGGAGGAGGAGGAAGUCCUCCAUCCGCUGGAUCAGGAUUACGCCCUGCUCUGCUGCCAGCUCUCCCUCCUGGACCCGGCUUCCCGGGAAUAUCAGCUGAUCCAAAACUACGUAACACAGACGGGGGACCAACUCCGCAUCCUCAACAUCUGGCAGGUGGCCCGUGAUGGCGAGGAUGAGCGCUUCAAAGCCCACGACCACCUGGAGCACCGGCGCCUGCUUUGGCACGGCACCAAGCCCAUCCUGAAGAGUGGGCUGCGCAUCAUGCCCCACUCAGGUGGGCGCGUGGGCAAGGGCAUCUACUUCGCCUCUGAGAACAGCAAGUCAGCCUGCUACGUGGGAUGUACAUUCAAGAGUGUUGGCAUCAUGUUCCUGACGGAGGUUGCCCUGGGCAAGCCCUACCGCAUCACCUGUGACGACCCCACGCUGUGUCAGCCGCCUGUUGGCUACGACAGCGUCGUGGCCUGUGGCCAGACAGAGCCGGACCCCGCACGGGAUGAGGAGGUGCUGCUGGAUGGCAAGAAGGUGCUGGUGUGCCAGGGCAAACCCAUCCCCAUGCCUGCCUACAAGGACUCCUCCUUCAGCCAGAGCGAGUACCUCAUCUACCAGGAGAGCCAGUGCCGGAUCCGCUACCUUGUCCAGCUCCACUUCUAA